AGAGAGAAAGAGGGAGAGGUAGACAGAGAGACAGAGAGACAGAGAGACAGAAAGAGAAAGAGGGAGAGGUAGACAGAGAGACAGAGAGACAGAGAGACAGAGAGAGAAAGAGGGAGAGGUAGAGCUGACAACGUAUAACACAACAACAAAGACAGCAUCUAGAACAACAGCAAACAUCAGGGAUGGACCAAACCUUGUUCCUCCUCUUUUUCUCAGGGCUGUCCAUCCUCCCCUCAUCCCUCCCUCAUCAGUUCCACUUUGUGAACUUGAAAAAGACCUGGACUGAAGCUCAGAGUUUCUGCAGACAGAACUUCACUGACCUGGCCACCAUAGAUGAUGACAUGGCAGAUAUGAAGAAGCUCAACAACACAGAGGCAGAUAGAUGGAGUGAAUCAGCCUGGAUAGGGCUGUAUCUCAUCAACAUUAUUCCAAUAGAUUCAUCUCAUGGAGUCUGGUCUGACCAGAGUGGCUCCUCCUACAGAAACUGGGAUUCAAACGAGCCGAAUGGGCCAGGUGUGGGAACGAAGGGAGGAGCCUUCUGUGGAGAAGUAAAAUCGUCUGGAAAAUGGAACGAUAAAGGAUGUACUUAUACACAACCCUUUAUUUGCUAUGAUGAUGAACUGGUCCUGGUCUCAGAGAACAAGACGUGGUCAGGAGCCCUGUGGCACUGCAGAGACCAGAACAUGGAGAUGGUGUCUGCCCACAACCAGAACAUCCAGCACUGGGUCCAACAGAAAGCCAAGAAGGCCUCCACUCCCUUCGUCUGGCUGGGCCUGAGGUACACCUGCACCCUGGACUUCUGGUUCUGGGUCAUUGGAGAAGAGUCCUGCUACCACAACUGGGCUGUCGGGGAGGGCUACAACACCAUGAAGGAGCAGUGUGGGAACACGGGGGCCAUACAGAGAGACGGGGGACAGUGGGUCGGCAAGUCUGAGACUGAGAGAUUCAACUUCAUCUGCAGCAACAGUACUGAUUACUAGAACCAGACCCUGAUCUCUGAACCAGUUGAACACUACAGUCCAACACAUUGUUCCAGACCCUGCUCUGUUAACCAGCUGAACCCUACAGUCCAACACAUUGUUCCAGACCCUGCUCUGUAGACCAGCUGAACCCUACAGCCCAGAAUGUUCCAGACCCUGCUCUGUUGACCAGCUGAACCCUACAGUCCAACACAUUGUUCCAGACCCUGCUCUGUUAACCAGCUGAACCCUACAGUCCAACACAUUGUUCCAGACCCUGCUCUGUAGACCAGCUGAACCCUACAGUCCAGAAUGUUCCAGACCCUGCUCUGUUGACCAGCUGAACCCUACAGUCCAACACAUUGUUCCAGACCCUGCUCUGUUAACCAGCUGAACCCUACAGUCCAACACAUUGUUCCAGACCCUGCUCUGUUGACCAGCUAAAACCUACAGUCCAACACAUUGUUCCAGACCCUGCUCUGUUGACCAGCUGAACCCUACAGUCCAACACAUUGUUCCAGACCCUGCUCUGUUGACCAGCUGAACCCUACAGCCAAGAAUGUUCCAGACCCUGCUCUGUUGACCAGCUGAACCCUACAGUCCAACACAUUGUUCCAGACCCUGCUCUGUUGACCAGCUGAACCCUACAGUCCAACACAUUGUUCCAGACCCUGCUCUGUUGACCAGCUGAACCCUACAGCCAAGAAUGUUCCAGACAUUCUCACAUUUACAUGAUAUAAGGUGUUGGAAAAUCAUUGUUAUAAAUAUACAUAUAUAUAUAUAUAUAUAUUAUUUUUUUUUACAGUACAGUGAGCUCCAAAGUAUUGGGACAGUGACAAAUAUCACUCCCCCAAGACAGUCUAACCUCUCACCAUUACAAUAACAGGGUAGGUUAGCAUUUUAUAUCAUACCCCCAAGACAUGCUAACCUCUCACCAUUACAAUAACAGGGUAGGUUAGCAUU